UGUUGAUGAUGCCGCAGCCCACAAAUAAAACACAGCUCUCUGUUAACUUGUGUGGCUUCAAAGUUUUGAAUCGUACUGGAGAGACGUCACGGACCAUGUGGGCCAAGAAACUUUUCUCUUCUUCGUAUCUUCGUACAGAUUUCACAGUGAAAUAUACCCAUUACUACUCUAAGCAGCUACAGCAAUGGGGCACGUUAUAAUGUCUGGCUAGCAGAAGAAAAAAAUUCACACUCCAAUGAUAUGAUUUGUAUGUUUAUAUGAGGUGGGUAUUUCUUGGCCUUCAAGAUUUUGCUUUUUUCUGUUUGCGUCGACUGGUUAUCGUGAAAAGGGGAAAGAGGAAUGGAGAAUUCGGGAGUUGUGGUAGAAGCAGAUCAGAAAGACAAGGAUCCGUCUCAGGAAUUGAGUUUGGUUAGGGAACUGGGUCAGGGACAUCUGAGUAGAGUCUUUUUGGCCUUGCAUCGCAUGAGUAAAGAGCUCUAUGCUGUGAAGGUCGUGCGUAAACCCAGUCUCUUUCAAAGAGUGGGUGCCUUUAAAUUGGCGUUAAGGGAGAAGGAUAUCCUCUCCAGUUUAGAUCACCCAUUUCUUCCUUCUCUUUUUACCCACUUUGAAUCUGAUAAUUAUAUCUUUCUCGCUACCAAAUAUUGUUCUGGAGGAGAUAUGAGCAUGCUGCGUCUUAGACAGCCCAAUCAAACAUUUUCUGUAUCCGCCACAAGAUUCUAUGCUGCGGAAGUGGUUCUUGCGCUGGAGUAUCUUCAUAAGAAGGGGAUCGUGUACAGAGAUCUAAAGCCAAAAAAUAUACUCGUUCAAGAUAGCGGUCAUAUUAUCCUUACUGAUUUCGAUCUUUCCCUCCGCCUCUCUUCCAUUCAGCAGAAAGAAACUGAGAAGCUGCUUUCUAAUUCCAGGCCCAGGAUUGGCGAGUGUUCCAAAGAUUCCGACGGGUGUAGCUCCCAACGGUCACAUUCACUGGUGGGAACGAAGGAAUAUAUGGCGCCGGAGAUCCUGUGGAACACUGGACACGCUUUUCCGGUAGACUGGUGGUCGCUGGGAAUUGUCCUGUACGAGAUGGUAUACGGUCGGACUCCCUUCUGCGGGGCUAACAGAAAGGAAACUUUUUAUAACAUUCUCUGUAAAGAUCCAUUCUUUACGGGACCCUUUUCCACACUGCAAGAUUUGAUAGAGAAACUUCUGGUGAAGGAGCCCUCCAGAAGAUUGGGGACUGCCAGAGGGGCUGAAGAGGUGAAAACACAUCACUUCUUCCACGGCCUUCGAUGGGAGGAAUUGGAAUUUGUGUCCAGGCCUCCAUUAAUUCCCUCUAAUUUUUCUUCUGAUCAGUGUUCUGUUUCUUCACAGCAGCGUGGCUUGAUUCCAAAUGAGAAUUUCAGUGCCAAUUCUUGCAACCCACAAGAUUCUAUUUUUCAACAUUUUUAAUUCUUCUCCGUUCUCAAAUGUCCGUCAAAGAUAGGCUGCCAUUACAAACUGGUCUGUCCCACCGUACCAGAUAUGGUACCUUGUUGGAAGUAAGGCUCAAAUAACUCCAACUCUCUCUUUAAUGAAUAUACACCUAUCUACUUGCUGGUUGGUUG